GCGCAACGCAGCGCAACAUUUUCGUCAACGAGAUCAGUGGAAUAUCUAACGGUACAAGCGGCUAUAGUGAAAGUGAAUCAAUAGUGUCUCAUGUGCGGAUCCUGUUAAUUCUAAUCUGAUUUGUUCAUAAACAAUAUAGAGCUCAUUUCGAGCGCUCGCAGUGUGAAUUCUAAGUGAGAUUAGCCCAGAAUGCGAGCUCUGGGCGUGUGUGCGUUGCUCUUGGCUCUGGCCAGCUGCCAGGGCUACAACAGCUUCAGAUCGAGCUAUAGCAGCAGCUCCUCUUCAUCAUUUGGCAGCGGCGGCAGCGGCAGCGGCGUUGGCCAAUCGCAGGCAUUGAUACAGGGUCAAGCGCAGCUAAACAGCUGGGCCUACAAUCAUCUGAAUGAGGUGCGCGAGUUUGCCAAUCGACUAACCCAGGAAUACAAUGCCAUGUCCACGGGCAGCAGCAACAUUAUGGGGCAUUCAUUGCCUUGGAGUGCUAGUAUACAGCAGCUGAGUGGCAAGAGCGCCAGCGAAUUGGACGCUCUCUGCUUGCAGAUCAGCCAGAAGCUGGUGAAUGAUAUGCGCCAGGGACUGCUCAGCUAUAGCAACAUUGUGCAGCCGGCAUUCUUCGAUAGCAAGGCAGCGGAGGUAUUGGAGAACUUUGCCACUGGAGGCACACAGCAAAUUGUGGAGCUGAAUCCAUUCAAGGCUGUCGAUUUGAGUGGCUUCGAUGAGGUGAAAAACUAUGAAUAUCCGGCCGAGGUGAAGGUAAUAGACGGCAAGACCUAUUUGGUGCAUCGCAAUUGCACAGAGGCCACCAAGAUAUCGAACAGCUAUUCAGGCAAUGCCAAUGCUCAGCUGACUCAUGGCUAUUACCCACAGAAUCCGAUCACUUCCUUGCCCUCUAGCAGAGCCACAACACUGUCUCGCCAGUCAUCGUCGUUGCAGGACUGGAUUGGACAGCGUAUGGAGCCGUCUGUGGUGGAUUACAGAUCGGUGGUUAGCAUCGACAACAGUCGACCGCUGCCAACCUAUAGCCAAAUAACGGCAUUGCCAGCCUUUGGCCAGCCCAGUUCACCCGGCUCGAGAUCAACGGUGACAGUGAGACGUUUCAAUAAGACCAUCACAACCCAUCCCGAUGGCACCAGCUCGGUGGAUGGCUCCGAGGCUCAUCAACGAUGGGAGAACGGUCAGCUGGUGUACGAUAAUAAUCGGCCCUUUGGUCAAUCAUCGGUGCCGCGCGACGAGCAGUGGAAGCGCGAAGAGCGCGAGCAUUUCUUCUGGUAUCUGACGACGCCGCAGCGCCUUGAGGACUGGCAGCAUCAGCACGAGGAUCGUCUACUGGCUGUGGCGCAUCGCUAUCAUACCACCUUGCCCGUUCUACUCGAAUUCCAUCGUCGUGAGCUGUCGCGCUAUCAGGCGCUCUUGGCGCAGUAUCAGGCUCAGGUGCAGGAUGCCACGGCCUGGCAGCAACGGGAGCGUGGUCGCCUCGAUUGGCUAAUACAUCAGAACAGUUUCACAGCGCAGGACUUUGAUCGCUGGCAAAUGGAGAACAGCGCCAAGCUGCGUCAGCUGGCGCAGAACAAUGGCGUCCCAUUGGAGCAACUGCUGCAGUGGCAGCGUCAGGAGCUGCAGCGCCUCCAUGUCUACUUCAACAAGGUCAACGACUCGCUCAGCCCUCAAGUGCCCCACAUACCGAACCAAAUCACUAUACACGAGUCCAGCUCACUGAUUGAGGACAAUGCUCAGGAGCAGCAGCGCCUCAAUGAGCUCAUUCGCCAGCACAACGCGACAAUUGCCAAGCUGCAGAGCUCCAUACUCAGCGAUCAGCAGCGGCUGAAGGAUCUCUCGAUCAAGUAUCAGGGCGACAUGCAGAGUCAGACGCAGUGGCUGCGCGGCGAGGUCGCACGCAUUGGUGAUCUCAUCAAGGAGCAGAACGAGCAGGUGACCCGACUGAGUGCCUGGCAGAGCUCGGAGCGCGCUCGUCUGGAGUCCAUGCUGAAACAGCAUCGCGGCAGCCUGAGCGAGCUGCAGCAGCAAAUGGCCCAAGAUAGAAGCUAUGUGCAGAAUUUGGCGGCCAAAUAUCGUGUGGGUGUCGAUGAGCUGGAGAAGUGGCAACGCGAUGAGCUGCAGCGCCUGCAAUUGGCUGGCCAACAGCAGCUGGAGAGCCACAUCAAGGAUUGGCAGAGCGGCGUCAGUGCGCAGCUGCGCAACAUUAUUGGCCAGAAUCAGUUGACGAUCGAGGAGUUCCAGAACUCGAUCAUUAAUGAUCGUGCACGCUUGGAGCAGUUCGCACGCACCUAUAAGGUGCGCGUGGAAGAGAUCGAAUCGUGGAUCAAGAGCGAGCUGAAGAAAUUCCAAUCGGAGGGUCUGCUCAAGGAGGUGGAGGAGCAAUUGGCGUCGUGGCAGCAACGCGAACGCGAACGACUUCAGACUUUGGUGCAGCACAACUCGCUGACCGUGGAGCAGCUGGAGGCGAAGAUCAAGAGCGAUCAGGCGCACUUCUUCGAGCUGGCCAACACGUAUCAGGUGCGCGUCGAGGAUAUUCAGGAUUGGCUGAAGAAGGAGCUGUUGCGCCUCCAAGGCGAGGGUCUGAUCAAGGCAGAGGCCCUGAAGGACUGGCAGGUGGCCGAGCGCCAGCAAAUCGCCAAGAUCGUGCAGCAAAACAAAUACUCUAUUGAUGAAUUCGAGCGCAAGCUAUUGGCGGAUCGUGCCCGUCUUAACGACUUGUCAAAGACCUACAAUGUGCAGGUCUCCGAGAUCGAGCAAUGGAUCCAGUCCGAGGGCGAGCGUCUGCAGCGCGAGGGACAGCUGCACAUGGAGACGCAGCUGAACAACUGGCAGAAGAUCGAGCGCCAGCGCCUGCUGGAUCUGAUCAACAAGAACAACUUGUCCAUUGAGGAGCUGGAGAUGAAGAUUGGCAAGGAUCAGACCCAUUUGUACAGCCUGGCCCAGCAGAACCAGGUGCGUGUCGAGGAGAUCGAGCAGUGGAUCAAGCAGCAAAUCCAGAAGCUCCAGAGCGAGGGCCUCAUCGAGAUGCAGCGCCUGAAGAACUGGCAGCUGGAAUGGCGCGGCAAUCUGACGAACAUGGUGCAGGAGCGCGACUACACAGUGGAGGAGUUCCAUAAGUGGCUGCUCGAGGAUCGGGCGCGUCUCCAGAAUCUGGCCAUGCAGCACAACGUGCAGAUCGAGGAAAUCGAACAGUUUGUGAAGAAGGAGGAGCAGCGUUUCAUCGGCAUGGGCCUGCUCAAGCCCAGCGAGAAGCUGACCAAUUGGCAGGAGGUGGAGCGUCUGCAUUUGAAGAAUCUGGCACAGCAGCAAUACAAGUCCACCGAGCAACUGGAGGCACGUUUGCGUCAGGACCGCGAACUGCUGGAGAAACUGGCCACUCAGUACAGCGUGCAGGUGGAGGAGAUCGAGAACUGGAUGAAGCAGGAGCUGGCACGCAUGCGUGACGAGGGCAAGCUGCAAAUCGAUAAUCUCACCUCGUGGCAGCUGGCCGAACGUGAGCGCCUCGAGGCACUGCUCAAGCAGAACAAGCAAUGGAGCGCCGCGGAGCUGCAAGCGGAGCUUGCCAAAGAUCGGGAGCACAUGCAAACGAUGGCCUUCCAGUAUCACACCUCCGUCGAGGAGAUCGAGCGCUGGGUGCAAACCGAGAUCGAACGGCUCAAGCAGCAGGGCAAGCUCAACAUUGAGCAGCUGACGGCCUGGCAACAGGCCGAGCACCAGCGCAUUCUAUCGCUGCUCCAGUCCCAGUCCAACAUAACCAUGGAACAGUUUGCAGCCAAGGUGCAGAACGAUCGCCAUUUCCUCCUGAGCCUCGCCGAGCAGCAUCAUGUGAGUGUUGUUGAAAUCGAGAGAUAUAUCCAGCAGGUCAUUGACGAUCUGCAGAAGAAGGGACAAUUCGAAAUUGAGAAGCUGCAGAAUUGGCAAUUGGUUGAGCGAGAUUAUAUCAAGACGCUGAUUGCCGAAUAUAAGAACGCAUUGUCCACAGCCGAGUUUGAGCAGAAGCUGAGAGAGGAUCGUGCGCAUCUCAAUCAGCUGGCCGAUCAGUAUCGAGUGAAUGUGGAACAGAUUGAGGAAUGGAUGAUAUCGGAGCUGAAACGCUUGAGAGGUAACACGGAGACAUCGCUGAGAUCGCUCAGCGCUUGGCAAGUGUCCGAGCUGGAGCGGCUGCAGAAUCUGCUCAAAGAGCAGACACACAUCAGCUAUGUGGAAUUCGAAAUGGAACUGCAGAAGGAACGUGAACGUCUGCGCCAGUUGGGCAAUCAAUAUUCGGUGAAUGUGGAGGAAAUCGAGCAAUGGUUGCGCCAGCAACUGAUCAAUCUGAAGACCACGGGCAAUGCCAAGGUGGAGAAGUUGGCCAAGUGGCAGAUUGAAGAGCAGGAGCGUCUCAUUGAGUUGCUGUUGAAGCACCAGCAGGAUAUGAACUACGAGGAUGUAGAGCGUGAGCUGAGCAAGGAUCGCGCCCAUCUGGAGAGCUUGUCACAAACGAAUCAUGUGAGCAUUGAGCAGGUCGACAAUUGGCUGCACGAUGAGCUGCGUCGUCUGCAGGACUCGGGACUUGUGCAAUUCGAAAAGCAAACCCAAUGGCAGAAGCAGAUCAGCAACGGCUUCAACAAUUGGCUCAAGCAACAGCAGGACUCGGCUACCUAUCAGGAGUUCUUGGAUUUCCUGAAGCGUGACAAAUCACGUCUGAACGGCAUUGCCAAUGACUAUCAUCUGACCGUGGAGCAGGUGGAACAGUGGGUGCAGAAGGAGACGGCACGUUUAUCCCUAAUUGGUGUCAUUGAGAAGCCGCAAGAUAAUUAUCGCUACGAAGAGAUCAUCAGCAUUACGGAUCAGUCAGCCAAUUCGCAGCCCUGGAAGGAAUACGUGACCGCACGCCUUCGCAGUGAAGCGCAUCUGAAGCCGAUGACAUGGCAGGAGUUCCGAUUGUAUUUGGUGCGCAACAAGCCGAACUUUGAGCGACUGGCACAGCAAUAUCACAUUACAGUCGAGGAGAUUCACUUGUGGUUGGAGGAGUCAGCGCGCCAGUUGGCCGAUGAAGGGCUCAUUACGGGCACCGUCACCGUUGAGGAGUGGCAGCUGAAGGAGCAGCAGCAUAUACAAGACUUGAUUAAUCAACAGCUGCGCCGUCGCCAGAAGUGGACCAUUGAGGAGCUGCAGUUGAAGCUGCUUAAUGACCAGAAGCAUUUGCUGGACGUGGUGCGUCAGUAUCAGAUCACCAUCGAGGAGCUGAAGCUCUGGUAUAAGAAUGAGUUGAAGCGCCUCUUGGACUUGCGUAAGAUUGAGCGAGGCUAUGGCCUGUCCUGGCAAACAAAGGAACUGGAACGCAUCUACCAGACCGUUGUCCGUCAUCCCAUCAAUCGCAAUGCACUGGAGCAACUGUUGUUGCGCGAUGUUGCCAUAUUGGCGCCGCAGUAUCGUGUGACCGUCGAGGAGCUGCGCACCUUCAUACACGAGAAACUGCAGCGUUUGGCGGACAUGGGUCUAAUUGUCGAUUCUCAGGUCGUGGGCAAUGACUGGAAGGAGCAGGAGCGUCAGCGCUUGCGUCAAAUUGGCUCCAGCGUCAUCAUCACCGAUGGAGAGCUAUUGCAGCUGCUCGCUGCGGACACCAACUAUCAGCAGGAGCUCGCCCGUCUCUAUGGCGUGGGUCUUGAGCAACUGGCGCCCAUCCAGAGCAUAUACGUUGGCAACAUGGCCAAGGAGCAUCUGCUUGAGCAGCGCACGCUCAUUGUGCUCGCACCCUGGCAGCAGAAGGAGCGCGAUCGCCUGUACGGCUUCAUUGGCACCCAGAACAUGACGCUGCGUCAGCUGCGCGACUGGCAGCGCCAGAGUGAGGAAACGAGACGUGAGGUCAAGGAGUGGCAGCUCAAGGAAUUCGAACGCAUCAUGGCUGUGGCCCGCUACUAUGGCAUCUCACUCACUGAACUGCAGCAGUUCCGCGAGGAGGAGCUCCAGUAUCUGAACUACUUGAAUCAUCGCAAGCUGCUGCCCGAGUCCGAGGUACAGAACUGGGAGUCCAAGCAGCACUGGCGCUUGCAGAAGCUGCAGACAAAGUACAAGAAAUAUGGCCAGGAUCUCAGUAUCUGGCGUCGCACGCUGUAUCUGCUAAGUCAGGGAUUGAUCACUCUGCCUGGUGGCAAUGCAGGCUAUAUCAUCGAUUCGGGCACCACCAAUGCCACCGCCGUCCAGAAGCCCAUUUUCUCCAAGGAUCGCGGCGACCAGCCGCCUCACAUCUACGAGGAGGCAUACAAUGAAGACGAUGAGCCCGGACUAGAGGGUGAAACAAAGGCGCCCAAGCCAAUGCCCAUUGUGUCGACGCCAGCACCGUUGCCCUAUCAUCGCCGGGUUCCUUCUAACGCCAAUAUAGGCUACGAUUAUCGUCGCACGGACUACACUUUCAAUGUGCCCGUGGGCAGCGUUGCGGCAUCGGCCACUGGCGGAGCCGAUGGUUCAUCGGCCUCGGCCAGCGCCACGUUGGGCAAGUGGAGUCGUGCCGCGGGCGAUGAGCCCACCUCACAGCAGCAGGUUCAGAUCGAGGACUUGGGCCAGCAGCAGCAGGUGGACCUGGGCUGGAACGAUGGCCAGGUCGAUGGUGGACAACAGCAGCAGGAGCAGGAGCUGGCCUGGAGCACGAACUAUCAACCAGGCAGCGAUGCUGGCCUAAUGCAGCAACAAUGGUUGGACGAUAAAGACGAUUUAGGUCAACGGCAGGUCGAGGACCUAACAGGCCAGGCCUAUAGCCAUAGCUAUGGCUCCAAUUAUGGCCAGCUGCAACAGGCGCAGCCAGUUGAGACAACGCCGAAGCCCAGUACAUUCGAAAAUUUCAAGAAUAAGAUAACCGGAAUCUUCGGUUAGACCUCGAGAGACACCACACGAACUGCCAUAAAGACUUAAGUGCAACGAAACGAUAACGAGCCAAA